AUGCGAAUCCAAGGUGUCUCUGUUCUCCUCCUGAGCCCCUUGGCGGCCGUUGCUCGUGCAGCACAGGGCAGCGACUUGAACUUCAAGGCGACCUUUGGCAAGACGCCAGCCCCAUUUCAGAUUGACGUCGAUGAGGAAUUCAUCGCACAGACCAAAUUACGCGUGGGCUUGACACGCCUGCCCACGCCCAUUGAUCAGCCCGAUCACACAGAAGGGCCUGCACUGGAGGAUGCCACAUCUGUGCGUGACCACUGGGUCAACGACUACGACUGGUUCCAAGUACAGCGGGCUUUGAACGAGCAGUUUGAGCAGUAUACAACCACUGUCGACAUUGCCAGGGUCUCGCAGUACAAGGAGUCUGUGCCUUUGCACUUUGUUCACCAUGUAUCGCCCCGCCAGGAUGCGAUCCCCUUGCUCUUCGUUCACGGAUGGCCAGGGUCCUUUCUCGAAGUUGGCCCUCUGAUCAACUACCUGACUCACCCCCCGCGCGAUGACUUGCCAGCUUUCCACGUUGUCGCACCCUCAAUUCCUGGGUUUGCCUUUUCUCCAGCGCCCACUCGCCCGGGCUUUGGCUACAUCGAGGCCGCUCACGCCUUUGACCAGCUCAUGCGACAGCUGGGGUACCGGAGGUACGUUAUGCAGGGCGGUGAUGCUGGAGGCAUCAUCAUGCGUUACCAGGCCAAUCUGUAUCCCGAAUCAGUCGUGUCGGGGCUGAACAGCUUUUGGACGGUAUCCCCCUCCGAGGAGGAUCGAGAACGUCACGAGCUUGGUGAAACCUCGGAGGACGAGGCUUCCUUCAUCACGUUGCAUGACCAGUUCAUCGGUGAGCAUUGGGGCUAUGGUCAAAUCCAGCAGACCAGGCCCCUUCGUCUCGGCUUUGCCAUCACCGAUAGCCCCAUUGGUCUCGCCAUGUGGCUGUAUGAUGCCAUGUGGCCGGCAGUCGAGAAUGUCGAAAUCUGGACGCCCCAAGAGAUCAUCACGUGGACCAUGAUGCACUGGAUACAGGGCCCGUACGGCCCCCUGAGAAUCUACAAGGAGGGCGCUGCGGCAGGCGCCUUCAAUGCCACCGGCUUCCAUAGCCUGCCUUAUGUGAAGCAGCCCAUUGGGGUUUCGGAGUUUCCAAAGGACAUCUUCUACCGCAUUCCUCUCGAGUGGGCCCAGCGCACGGGGAAUGUCAAGGCUCGCUAUCUCCACGACAAAGGCGGCCACUUUGCGUCGUGGGAGAGCCCAGAGGCGUUGGCAGAGGACAUUUGGGCCUUCUUUGGCGACGAGGAGCUGUCCGAUGUCGGGAGGAUACGCCAAGGGGCGCGGAUGGUUUGGUGGGCUGUAAUUGAUUAG